AUGAAGACUCAUCUGCGUAACCCACUACAUGAUUAUGAGGCUCAUGCAAGCAGGGGAGUGGAGGAAGGGCCACACUCACCAGGCCUGUGGCAGAGCACACGCUACAUCCUGCUGUGCUGCAUCAUGGGCUUCAAUGCAUUGUGUGUCACCCUGCACACACUGCGCGCCCUGCACCACCCCACUGCCCACGUGGUCUGUUGGAUCCUCUUUGACCUGCAGGUGGUGAUGGCCUGUGGGCCGACCAUGACACUCAUGCUGAUGUGCAUGACUCAUGCUGAUGUGCAUGUGACGUGCCUGUCCAUUUGCCAGCCGCUCCACUAUGAGGCACUGUUGUGCCACUUCUCCCACUGGGUCAUGCUGGCCACGUGGCUCCUUGCCCUGCUCAACCCAGUAGUGUUCACCACCCUGGCCUGCGUGCGUCAGCCAUGGGAGUACGUGGUGGGCGUGGACACAGAGUGCUCCACUGUCCUGGAGAAUACAGUGUGCAUCAUCAGCGCCCCCCUGCUGCUGCUUGCCAUGGCGUUGCUAAUCCUUGGCAGCCAUGUUCUGAUCUACCUAGAGGGUCACCGCGCCGGCCACUUCUCACAGUCCAACAGCAGGGGGCACCACACCAUCCUCAUUCACAGUCUGAAGAUGAGCCUGCACAUCCUGCCGACCAUCGUCUCGUGCCUGCUCCAGACCCAGGCUAUGGCCCUAAUCACCUUCCUAGUGUUCAGCUUGGCAUAGUCCCACAGUCCUGUGGUGUAUGGCCUGCGCUGCCAGGAGCUGCAUGAGCGGCUGCCCCACUUCAUCCCGCACUGCCGAGGUGGCCCCAGUUCCUCCCCCAGCAAAGACAGUGGCAGCAGUGGAACUGGCACCAGCACAUGGACCACCACCAGCAUGGGCACAGCCACUAGCACCAGUGCUUCUGCCCCCAUCACAGACAGUGAGUGGGUGGAGAAGGAAAAGCUCAAGCUCAAGUUCAAGAGCUGCAGGGCCAUGACACAUCACACCAUGGGCAACCAUCAGAAAUAUAUCGUAUAG